AUGCUGGCGGCGGAGGCAGAGGCGGCGGAGCCGAUGCUGUCGGAGGAGUCGGAGGGAGAGUCGCCGUCGGAUGGGGAGGAGCCGGAGCCGGAUGGGGAGGAGAAGCGGCGGAGGUGCCGUCUGUGCGAUUGCCUGUGCUACUGGAUCAACUUUCCCUCUGGUGCUGACCGCCGCGUCGCCCCCGGGAUCGACUACGUCCGCCUCCCCGACGCCGACCACCACCCUCCCGCCUGGUCGCUGCUGGUCGGAGUUGCCGACGGCGCCUCCUCCUCCCUACGGGUGAGCCGCCUCCGCGUGGCGCGAUCCGGCCGUAUCCUCGGCCGGAGCGACGACGCGCUCGAGAUCUUCCACGACAUCGCCCUCGCCAAGCCGCCGGAGUACACCUUCCAAGCUGGCGUCGCCCCCCUCGGCCGCUCGCUCUGCGUCGUGCAUCACCAGUAUCUUGAGCAAACCCAGGCCCUGCAGCUAACUCUGCAGCCGCCCAAGCCGCAGGAGAUGCCUCUACCGGAGAUUGAAGGGACGUCCACCCCUGACCUUUGCACGCCCAUCUCCAUGGACGACGGCCACAUCUGGGCUCUGUCCGCCACCCUGCAACGUGAUGUCAGGUCGUUAAUCGUGGCCAUGCGACGCCUUGUCGGGAGGCGGUGGGAGCUUGUCGGGAGCCCCUUCACCUGCCCACCCUUUCACUACCCCUUGCCCCCCUGGGGUGGCAGCUACGUCCAGGGCUACGCCAUGAUCCCCGACGCCAAACUCAUCCUCGUCUCCUUCCUACAAUACGGCCUCUUCUUCACCUUCGCCACCGACUCCGGCAGCUGGACUAGGGUGCUCACCGACACCGACAAAACAAGGUCGCAACGCUACCUCCCUAUCCUUAACCGCGCCAUAUAUGUCCAACACCACAAAGCCGUCUACUUUCUCAUGGACAACGCCAUCUAUGCCUACAAGCUCACCUACCAAAAGGAUGAUCAGGGGGGGAUGCAGCAGCUCAAGCUGGAUCUGCCCGUCCUCAUCGACUUUGUCUGCCCUUUCAAAUCCGACCAUGGCUAUGGCUUACUCACCCGCCUUUCCAGCCACCUCAUGUGCGCUGUCUGGAUCAGUCUGGCGUCGUACGACAAAUGCCCGUGCGACAACCUGCAUGCCAUCGUCACCACCUUCUACCUCCAUGACGCCCAGGACCCGGCUCAGGGAGGAAUCAAGGUGCUGCACUCCACUUACCGCAGGCUAGACAUGGCACCCAAUCCGGCAGCAAACCAACAAUUCUGCUUUCUACAGGAGUACGAGGACCAGGGCUCUGUGGCGCUGCAGCAACGUGGAGAAGAGGAAGAGGGUCUAACCUGUUCCCAGCACGUCGAGCAUCCAUCCAAGAUGCUUAGUUGUUGCAGAUCCAUGAUGAAAAUGCGCUCAACUCCUCCCUCAGGACCGAGUCGCACCCUGCCGGUUGAUCCUGCUUCAAGACAACAAGUCUGUUCUUCAAGCCAUGCUGUGCCUGUGAAGCCGGCUACAACAACUAUCAAGAAAGAUCUGAUUAUCAUUUGCCAAGCUGGCUCACGAUCAGUCAUCUAUCAGACAGGCGCCAUGGAUGACGAUGUCAAGCCCCUUGAACCGUGCUAUGCUGCAGAUGUGGGUGAUCAUGAUUGGCACUUUUUCCAGAGUGGCUCAAAAAUACACGCAGUCUCGUCCAUAAGAGCAGGCAUGCUUGAGUUUAGUCUCAACAAGGACAGGCAGACUUUCGAGCGACCUGUAUGGCGUCCUAGUACUGGUCCUUUCGUUAUGGUUAUCAGAGUUGGCCAAGAGACCAUUGCUCUUACUGAUACUCUGCAAGUUUACCAUCAGACACAGUUCAAUUAUGGAUCCACCACCUCAACCUCAUGGUUGCGUUACAUGGCAGAUGAAUCGGAUGUCGUCGGCAGGAGGGUAGUUAUCUCUGGAUAUGUGGCAAUGAACGAUGAAUCGUUCAUGGUUUGCGAUGCUGUCACAUGCUCAUGUCUUCUGUUUGACUUGGCUGCCAAACGAUGGCUUGUUGUCGUGCCUUUGGCUGCUUUCAAAGAAAACCCGCCACCGCCUGUCUGUAUAAAGGACCUCCUAAUAAAUGGUAAAUGUGUAUUUGUCGAUGGCUUUAUCUACACCUGCAGAAAUGGAGGGCUUGCUGCUUUUGAACUGCUUGUUGUAGACUGCUCUCUUUACCUCAGCAAGCCGAUCAUUUUGCCGCUCCCACGGCGCGAACAUUGUGUGGGUGAGGACAUGUGUUUGGAUUAUGCUGGCAAAGAUAUGGACUCCGGUGCUAAUUUGUUCUACGUGGUGCAAGGUGUAUAUUCUCCGCCCAAGCAUGGUGUACGGAUCACCACGGUCAAGGUUAAGACUCAAAGAACAGCCAACAACAAAAUGAAGCCGGCCGGAAUCGAUCAUAUGGACAGUGUCACGCGUUUCAUACAUAACAUCGAAGCUAUGGAUACAAGAUGCUGCUUUGCGGUCUCUUGUGCGUGA